GAAAAGUGCAGUCGAUUGUUGAAGGGUAUGAAGAGAAAUCGUAACUCUGGUCCUUUUCUACGCCCAGUAGACUUGGUGCAACUUCCGGAUUAUGAGUCAGUGCUGAGAGCAGCAGGCUGCUCUCCGAUUUGCAUCCAAGACAUCGAGAACAAAUUAAUGAACAACGAUUAUCAUGAUCACCGAGGCUUCGUGAAGGAUUUCAGAAGAAUGUUUUUGAAUGCUCAUGUAUAUAAUCCAGAGAGAGAUCCAGUUCACAAAAUGGCGCAAGAACUUUCAGAGGAGUUCGAAACAAAAUGGACCAAGUUUCGCAAGUCUUUGAAGGAUCGG